AUGGCGCGCACCAAGGAAGACGUCGCGUCCAAAGGCGAUUCAUCGCCAAAGAUUCCCAAGUCCUCAGCUGGCGUCACCAAGAGCACUGCCGAACCUCCCGUCAAGCGCGGCCGUGGAAGACCCCCCAAGGGCGCUGCACCCAUGCCCAAGAAGGUUUACGUCCCUACUGGUCGUCCUCGCGGACGUCCUCCAGGUGGCGGCAAGAAGAAGACUGCCCCCGCGCCCAAGAAGGUCGCGGCCGUGAACGAUGACGGUACUCCCAAGAGAGGACGUGGACGACCUCGCCGAGCUGCUGCUGCCGCCGCUACCGAAGAUGAAGAGCCCGCUGCUACAACGCCCAAGGAACCCAAGAAGCGCGGCAGAAAGGCCAAGACUGCUAGCCCAGCCGAUGCUUCGGCCGACGAGGACAAGGAUGACGAUGCUGCCGACAACGUCAGCGACAAAGAAGCUUCCGCUGCCGAUUCGUCUGAUAAGGACGAGGAGGAUGACGACGAAGAGUAA